UUCGAAUAUCGUCAAAAAUGCAAGAUUUUUUAAGCUUUUAAAAGAGAUGGUAUCUUCAACAUACCUUGGAAUACACUUAGGAUUUCAUUCAUCAGAGGUUUUAGAGGCACCUAAGGAGAAUAAAUGCACAAAAUAUCAUAAUAUACGGAAUAAUCAGUGCAAAAAACAAUAUUUUACAGUAGAUGAUUUUAUUAAGAAAAUAGGAUCAAAAAAAAAAUUGAAGAAUAAACAUGUUUUUAUAAGGGAAAAGAAGAAUGGCAUAUCUUCGUUUGGAUUAAAUGAAGUUUCAGAGAAAAAUAAAAAAAUAAAUGUAUCAAAUAAGCAAAAAAAGAAUUUACAAAAAAAAAAAAAAAAAUCAGCCAAAAAAAAGGGACAUGAUUCAUCUAAACAUCUUAAAGAGCUAUCAUUAUUUUCAGAAGAUUCAAAUGAUGAGUAUACGAAGACGCAAGUAGAUCCAAUUAUUACUUCACCACCAUUUACAAAAUCUGGAGUUGAUGAACGGACAUAUUUACCAAUUAGUACACAUGUGAAAAGGAUUAUUAUGCCAGAAGAAUAUUCUUUAGGGCAAAUUUUAAAGGCUAGAAAGAAGAAAAAGAUAUUAAAAAUUCCUGAUGAUAAUUCCAUUUUUGAAGGAUUUGAAGAGAAUGAUAAUAAUAGCUCUAAUGGUUCUCAAAUAUACGGAAAACUUCUAUUUAAAUCAUCUGACGAAAUUUCAUGUGACAUAAAAAAAGCAGAUUGUGACGAAAUGAAAACCUCAUAUGAUUCUGAAAUUAUGUAUGUUCAAGACGAGUCUGAAAAACAGAAAUUAUCGCAUUUUAUACCUAAAAAAUUGGAUUUAUAUGAUUUUGAAAAUUAUUUUCAUAUACUAGGCUAUAAUUAUGAUUCAUCUAAUCAUUCAGAAUUAAUGUCAAAAAUGGAGACUUGCAUUUUGAAGCAUCAAGAAGUUAAUAAAAAUAUUUUAUCUAACAAUAGCUUCAAAGAAUUAUUUAAUUCUCAGAAUAUCUCUGUGAGUAAUUCUAAUUCUAAUUCUAAAAAUAUUUCAAAAGCAGCAAAAAAACCGCGAAAUUUACCUUUAAACAGACAUUUAUCAAAACACAGUACAUUUCAUGAAAACAGCUUUGUUCUUGAUGAAGCAAAUAAUAUCAAUGAUGUAAUGGUAGGAAAUACAGAAGAACAUCUUUAUUCUAGUAUGUUCGCUAAUUCAUGCCCUGUAUCCAAUAAUUAUGUAGAUGAUAUCUCCGGUUUGAAAAAAGAAUUGUUCUUGAGUAAUGGCGAAAAGAUAAAAAGGCGGAAUACUAUUAAAAAAUAUGAUAAUUCUAUUAAUUCUAUAGAUUUAUAUGAUUAUUAUAAAAAAACUAGCAUCUGUCAACCAUUUAAUACUAAUACAAAGCUAUUUAGAUCUCUUAAUAAGAAAAAAUUGAAUCUCUUUAAAUCAAAAAAUUACGACAAGGUUUAUAUCAACGAAGCCAAUUGUUAUGAUAAUAGCUUAGGUACUUCAAAAAAUGCUAAACUUUUAACAUCAAAUAAUAUAGUUAAUGAUGAACACGAAUCAAAUAUUACAUUAAUUGAUAAAUGUAUACAGGCAGAUAAAAAAGCUAUACUUUCAAAAAGUGAAUCUUCUGAAUUUAUGAAUUCUUUAAGUAUAACUAAUAAGCUUUCAUCAUCUUGUCAACCGUCAUUUAAUUGCAAUAAUGCUGAGAAUUAUAAUAAAAAAUCUUUUUCUAAAGAUUCAAAAAAAACUUCAAAUAACGAUUUUCAAAAUUAUAAAAAAAAAGAUCAGAGUUCUAUUAGAAAUCUUUCUUCUAUAAAUGAAUCAUUCAUACAUUCUAAACAACAUAGUAAACGUUCUAAUACCGCAUUUGAGCUUUCAUCAGUACCUAAAAAUAGCUUAUUCAAUUUUAUCCGUCGAAAGACAACAAAUAUAUCUGACUAUAAUAACUCUUUUACUGAUUCUAGUUUUAUAUCCAAAUCUAUUAUUUCAAAAUCACAAUUAUUGAAUAAGUCAUUUUUCAAAGAUAAAGUAACAGAAAAUAGCUCUCAAAAUAUUGAUAACUCAUCCAAUAAAUAUGCAUUAUUAGUAAAUAAUAAUUAUGAAGCAUCUAAAAACUCAUUUUUAGAAAUUCGAGAAGCAUGGUAAGUGAAAAUUAGAUUUGUUCAUGGUUAUAUUUUCUUAAAAAUAUUUAUUCUAUUUUAUUUAGUAGUAGAACUAUGUUAAUGGAAUAAUUUGCAUAUAUUAAACAUAUCUUUUGAUAUUAAAAUAUUU